AUGGCUAAGGGUAUCCCCUCAUCUUUGAUCGGGCGCUGCUUUGGGGUCUCCUUCAACUCUUCUCAAGCUACAUCAUCUGCGACAACCAUACGUACUGUGGCAGAAAUCAGUCGGAGAUGGUCAUUGUCAACGACACCCAUCGUGCCCUCGAACAUCCGAUUUAACCAUACACAGCAGCAAUGGCGAAUUCUUAGUCGAACCGCUGAUAACAGUGUGCCUGUCACUGCACCCUCAUUGCGCCAUGAUAUUCAGCCUACAAAGUCUGUGCUCGGGGGCAUGGUCCCUCUUACAGCCCGCUCUUCAACUUACCAAUCGUUUGGCGUAUCAACAUGGUCCUCGAGGUUACGACAACAGCAUCGGUUUUACAGCGAUAGCGGCGGUAGCGGCGGUAGCGGCGGUAGCAAGGGAAAUGGGUCAAAAUGUUCUUGCGGCAAGGACAUCGCAGAUACACCUAUUACACCGGUUAGAACAACAGAUGAUCUAAAGAAGGUCAAGGCUUCGACAUUAAACGAAACAACUAAAGAUGCCUCAAAUAAAGAGCAGCAGCAACCUGCAGGCACGGAUCCUGAGCCAGUGUCUUACAUGUCAUAUCUACACCUGCCGAGAAUGCCGCACCGUCCAACCAAAGAAGAACUCCUUGAGGCAGCUAGCGGCUUUUGGCAACGACUCAAGAUUCGUCUAAAGUGGGUGUCGAUUAGAAGUAUGAGGCCGUGGAAUAUUGAUGAAUGGGGUGCUUUUGUUUCAUGGUUUCUCUUCGGCCACCUCGCUUGGAUCAUUGUCGGAACAACUACCUUUUUCUCUCUUAUCAUCCUGUCGAUCAACACAGUCGUUGCACAAGAAACGCUCGCUCGGUGGGUAGGUGACUAUCUGACCCAGUCUGCUGGAGUUACCGUUGUUUUCGAAUCUGCUAUUGUUCCCAAGUGGCGGGAUAAUGUUAUCUCUUUCCGCAAUGUGUUCGUCUCUCGGCGACCUGGUCAAGGCAACGUCUCGUCUGUUAGCAAGGGCUCAUCGGAUGCUGCCGCUGAGGCUGCCGCAGGCCGCAAAGCAGACUUGGGAGGUUCCUCCGAAGUUGAUGACGGGAACUACACCCAGUUUGAUGUUAGCCUCUCGACGGUCAAUGUGACGCUAUCAUUCUUGAAUUGGUGGAACGGCAAGGGCUUACUCAAGGACGUUGAGAUCAAGGGCGUUCGCGGUAUUAUUGACCGAACGUCAGUGACUUGGCCGGCUGAAGAAGUUGACCCCUUGUCGUAUCGUCACAAGCACCAGCCAGGAGACUUCGAGAUUGAGAAGUUCAAGAUGGAAGACCUGCUACUCACCGUACACCAACCAGGUGGUUUCCGACCUUUUUCCAUCAGCAUAUUUUCUUGCGAGCUGCCCCAGCUUCGCAAACAGUGGCUCUUCUACGAUUUUCUCUCCGCAAACCACAUGUCAGGGUCUUAUGAUGGCUCUUUGUUCACAAUCCACCCCCGGCAGGUUCAUGGCGUCGUACCUAGCGGCAAUGGCGAUCCAGAAGCUACAGUAGGCUUUGGUGACCCCAAAGCCUGGAAAAAGUUUAGCCGACUCCGAAUCGACGGGUUGAGGAUUGACCACCUCAAUCGUGGUGUUGAAGGACCUUUCGGUUGGAUUUAUGAGGGAAAUGUCGACAUCGUUGCUGACGUCAUGUUCCCUGCUGACUCUGAUGAGAGUAUCACGAAAGUCAUGACCGAUUUCUACGAUCAGCUUGAAGAUAUAGUCGACACAAACAGACAUCGCUUCAUACGCAAUAUACAAGAACAGGGUCCCUUACUUCUUACGUCAGGACAUCUUUCGGAAUCAACCGGCGAUGUUGAGGAGGACAAGCCAGCUGAUGAGCCACAGCAAAGCGACGAGGAACGACGUUACCUGAUUAUGGACCUUCGGAUCUCCAUGAACGAUGUUAAGGCUGCGGUGCCCCUCUUCACCAAAGACAUGUCCUAUGUGAACCAGGCACUAGUCCGACCCAUCGUUGCUUAUAUCAACGCCAAAAAGACGUAUAUUCCGAUCAACUGUCGUAUUGUCAAGCGAGCUGGUGAUUUUGAUGGCAGUUGGUCUAUUUUCGACUGUGGUCUUAUGAACGACAUGUCUGCUGAGACAUAUGAUGCGUUUGCGAACGACGUUGAAAACCAGCAGAGUCGAGUUCGACGAUUUAAGAAGGUUGGGUUCUGGACCUUGUCGCUUGCAGUCCAUGCUCUCUUUAUGGGAAUGGCAGGCAACGUGGUAUAA